CAGAAAGAACAGUCAAAAUGCAGGCAGGGCAGAGGACAAAGCAGCAGGGACAAAAUAAAAUGACAGUUUCUAACAUUUUUAAAUUUGCCGCCAGUUCCAGCCCACAUAAGUCCCGUACGUCCCGACGCUUGCAAGGACCAGGACAUGGAAGCCGGAUGCCGGCAUCGGUCAGAGGAGAUGGCCGGGGAUGCUGCAGGGGAUGCAUCGUGGGAGCGAAGGACAAAGUAAGCGCUGCAGGGAAUCCCUGAGCAACGCCGCAUGGUAAGCCCGAGUGUAGCUCGGGGAUACCGCUUUUGGUACUGAAAU